AUGCUUUACCAGCUUGAGAUUGCGUCAGCUCUCACCGGCUGCGCAGUCAUCAGCGCCGCUUGCUUGUACCUCAACUGGCCGACCGAGGGCAAGAUUCAGCUGCCAGUUCAUGUGGACGAUGAUGACGGUGGCGAAGACCCUUUCGAUGUGACGAGAGCAGAGGAUGUCAUUGACGGUUAUCCCAUAGAGGCAGAAGCAUUCUGGCGAAAGUCCAAACGGCGCAAAUUUUUUCUCGCCCUGCUCUUCGCGGCCGUGACUGGGCUUCAAGCUGCCAGCUUGGGGCUUUCCGUCUUUCACAAAGAGGAGAACAGCCAAAUCAUUACCUACGCCCUAUAUCUCGCAUAUGCGCUUUAUUCAUUUGGAUUCGCUGUGUUUGCGGUCAAGGGGAACGAUGUACAGUCCAAUUCGGAGCGAAUUUGGCACUUGUGUGCGCUCUCGACGAUUCCUGCACUCUCCCUGGCUUUCAUAGCUAUUCUACCCAGCAACACUAUUGUGAUUUCCAGUAACACGAUUGACCAACUAUGGUAUGGCGUUUUGGCGGUGUACAUUCUCGCCUCCGUAGUCUCAUGGACAACGCCCCUCGGACCAGCGCUUCACUACCCACCCGACGACAUUUAUUCACCCAAGACGGUGGCCACGUUAACCAAUACCGACCAGGAGAACGUUACAGGCGUUGUGGGCUGCUCACCCUGGGACAUGCUUUUCUUCUCUUAUACCACCAAAGUGGUCAUGCUAGGCAACACCGCCGAGAGCCUCGAAAUUGCGGACCUUCCUAUCGUACCUGGGAGCAUGAGAGCCACAUACAACUACUCGCUCAUGAAGACGGCCAUGCGCACGAUCAAACUACGAAUUGCCUCAUGGAAGCCAGCUGCAGGAUCUGGUGCGCUGUUGGCCUAUCGCCUGCUGCGCCUCAAUGCCUGGGGUCUCUUUGCCCAAUUUACACUCGCAGCCACCGCGGCGGUUCUCUUCUAUGCUCCACCAUUCUUCUUGCGAAUGCUUCUCGCAUAUCUCGAAACGGAUCCUAAUCGGGAAGACCCAGCAUGGGGCUGGGUAUGGGUCGCCUCGCUCUUUGCCACGAAUGUAAUUUCUUAUCUACUUACCGGUCAGCUGUGGUCUCUUUCCACGACUACUUUGCAAGUUCGCUUCCGCAUACAACUCAACAGCAUCCUAUACGCCAAGACGCUGGUCCGCAAGGACGUUGCGUCUUCUGCAUCUACCCAAGCGAAGGACAAGGAUGAAGAGACAAAGGAAAGCGACAAAAAGGACGAGGACGACUUUUCUUCAAAAGCCCAAAUCAUGACACUGAUGACCACCGACGUCGAUCGAGUCAGCGAAUUUGCCUGGCACUUGUUUACCCUGAUUGAUUCGCCCAUCGAAAUCGUUGUUGGUUCUAUAUUCCUCUACAAACUACUAGGUAUCUCGUGCCUGUUUGGUCUCGCGGUAACCUGCUUGUUCCUGCCAAUGAAUCACUUCGCCGGGAAAGUUGUAGUUAAUGCUCAGGACAAUCUAAUGAAGGCACGGGACGAACGAGUUGCGUUGAUGAACGAAAUUCUCGGCGCUAUUCGCAUGCUCAAGUUCAUGGCAUGGGAGCGAAGUUUUGAAGCCAGAGUGUUGAAGAUCCGCGCAAAGGAGCUUAAAUAUCAGAAGCUCAACUACACUAUCGAGGUCCUGUGGAACGCGAUUUGGAAUGGAUCACCCAUGUUGGUGACAUUGGUGUCAUUCUGGCACUAUGCGGUCGUGAGGAAGGAGGUUUUGACCCCAUCCGUUGCUUUCACUUCGAUCAUCAUCUUCAACGAGAUGAAAUUUGCCCUCAAUGCUCUUCCAGAAACCUUGAUCAACAUGCUUCAAUCACUAGUCUCCUUGCGUCGUAUCGAGAAAUACCUUAAUACUGCAGAAGUUACCCCUGUCCCGCCACUCUCUGAGCAGUCUUCGACAAUCGCUUUCCAGUCAUGCACGGUCACGUGGCCUCAAGAUCGUAAUGCUGCCAGUGCAAGUGCGACACCUUCCGCCGCAUCGACGCCUCGUCACAAGUUCAUUCUCGUGGAUCUCUCUUUGCAAUUCCCCCCUGGCCAGCUUUCACUCGUUUGUGGCAAACUCGGGUCCGGAAAAACUCUGCUGCUCUUAGCACUUCUCGGGGAAGCGGAUAUCCUCAGCGGCCAGAUGCUCUGUCCUCGAUCGCCGCCCAAUGCGCUUGCGGAGUUCGCCGGAAAGACGAUAUCGAAGGAGCAAUGGAUUGUCUCUGGCAUGUGCGCAUUCGUUCCACAGGCUGCGUGGCUACGAAAUGCAUCAAUCAAAGAAAACAUCCUUUUCAAUCUGCCUUACGACGAAGAGCGUUAUCAUCUCACGCUUGAGGUCUGUGCUCUGGUCAGUGACCUAGAGAUUAUUGAGGAUGGCGACGAAGCGGAAAUUGGCGAACGAGGGGUAAAUUUGAGUGGUGGCCAGAAGGCAAGGGUAUCGCUAGCCCGCGCAGUUUACUCUCGCGCAUCCAUCCUCCUCUUAGAUGAUGUUCUCUCUGCUGUCGAUGCGCAUACCGCUCAGCAUCUCUACAAUAACUGCCUUCGAGGGGAGCUGAUGAAGAAUCGGACGGUCAUCCUCGUGUCGCAUCACGUGCAACUCUGUGCACCAGGUGCCGCCUACAUCGUUGCACUUGACAAUGGACGAGUCCAGUUCAAAGGGGACAAAGACGCAUUCCAAAGUUCGGGAGUCAUGAGUAGCUUGGUGCAGUCGACGACUGCAAACGAAGAAGAUCAAACUGAAGCUGCGAUCGAGACUUCCAUCGAGGGCAAACCUGAAACCGAAGCCACCACCUCCACGAUCCAAAACGCCAUCAACAAAAAGGAUGCCAAGGCCCCACGGAAGCUCAUCGAGGAGGAGAAACGAGCCGUCGGACGUGUGGCACGGGAUGUUUGGGCAACCUACAUCCAAGCUUGUGGCGCCAGCGGCUAUUGGGCAAUCUUUGUGUUGGUUUUCGUUGUCGCGGCCCUUGGACCGGUGGUGGAAAACGGCUGGGUCUCUUAUUGGUCACGAGAUGACGGGUCAAACUCCGCUGUUUACUAUAUCUCCAUCUACGCUAUCCUCAGCACGUUAGGUUUGAUUCUGACCACCGUGAGAUGGUUUGUGCUAUACCGGGGAUCUAUUCAUGCCUCCACUGUGUUGUACAAACGACUACUUGAAGGGGUGCUGUUUGCGAAGAUUCGUUUCCACGAUACUGUCUCGCGUGGACGCGUUUUGAAUCGCUUCGGGAAAGAUUUUGAAGGCAUCGAUAGCAACCUGUCCGACAAUUUUGGUCGUUCCACUGCCUACUUGAUUUCUUCGAUUACCACCAUCAUUGCCAUCAGUGUUGUUGGCGGUGUUCCGUUCAUUAUUGCGUCGAUCCUCACUGGCAUCUUUUAUUACAACGCUGCGAAGGUCUAUGGUCAGACAUCACGCGAUAUGCGACGACUAGAUUCCGUCACCCGUUCGCCAUUGUACUCGAUGUACUCGGAGACGAUUGCUGGAGUUGCUAUUCUCCGAGCAUUCGGGGCAUCGUCCAAAUUCCUGCGCGACAUGCUCCGUUGUGUUGAUACCAAUUCCAACCCAUACUACUGGAUGUGGGGUGUCAACCGGUGGCUCAGUAUUCGCUUCAACAUUCUCUCGAGUGGCAUCAUGGGUGCCAUUGCAUUUGUUGCUGUUUUUAACGGAGGGAUUUCGGCCGCUUUGGCUGGCUUUGCCCUUGCCUUUGCUAACACAAUUACCAAUGACCUGCUGUUUUUGGUUCGCCGGUUUGUUGGCCUGGAGCAAUCAAUGGUAACUCCGAUGUCCCGAACCUCAUCGCCCGCGUUAAACAUCUCGCAGGUCGCACUUGAGCGUGUCAAAGAGUACUCAGAGCUUGAUCGGGAAGCACCAGAGUUUGUGGAGCCCAGACCAGACCCAACAUGGCCGUCCACAGGGGCUAUCCGUUGCGAAGAUCUCGUCAUUCGCUACGCGCCGGAGUUGCCGCCUGUUCUUCAUAACCUCAACUUUGAAAUCAAACCAGGAGAAAAGGUGGGCAUUCUAGGAAGAACCGGUUCCGGCAAGAGCACAUUGGCGCUAUCUUUCUUCCGCUUCGUCGAACCAACUGAGGGAAGAAUUGUUGUUGAUGGCCUAGAUAUUUCCAAAAUUGGACUGAGUGAUCUGCGUAGUAGGAUCACGAUCAUUCCUCAGGACCCAACAAUUCUGAGCGGCACUCUCCGCUCAACUCUCGAUGUUUUCGACGAAUAUCAAGACGCCGACAUCUUCGAGGCGCUUCGAAGAGUGCACCUUAUCCCCUCGUCGACUUCUGAGCUGCCGGAAAAUGAGGAGGACCCAACAACGGUCAAUGUUAACAUGUUCCGCAAUCUGGACUCGGCCGUUUCGGAGGGUGGCGAGAAUUUCUCAACGGGAGAGAAACAGUUGCUCUGCAUGGCUCGCGCAAUUCUUAAACGCUCGAGAAUCCUCGUCAUGGAUGAAGCCACGGCAAGUGUGGACUACGCAACAGACGAGCUGAUUGGGCGGACCAUACGGCAAGAAUUCGCGGAGAGUACAAUUCUCACGAUUGCCCACCGUCUUCGGACUGUUAUUGACUACGAUCGGGUGAUGCUUCUCGACCAAGGGAAGAUCGUGGAGUUUGACUCUCCGGGUGUUCUUUUGAAAAAUUCCCACUCCAAAUUCCACGCACUGUGCAAAGCUACGGGCAAGCAGGAGUUUGCGACACUGAAAAAACUAGCCGGGAUAUGA